CGUGCUCGUGACAUCGUCAAAGGUCCUUUAGCAUUGUCCUAUGUUUCGCAUUCUAGAGGAGAGAGAGCGAUAGAAGCUACCCAUAGGGAAGAGCGCGUCAGUCCUGUGACGAUGAACGUGAAGCCUCUCUGCAGCUCCACUUGUGGAUGAAGGGCGCCAUCUGGAUCCACUAUCUUUAAUCGGGACACUCCACUUUGACGUUCACUCGUCUCGACUAUUAAGACUUUCAUCACUUGUGUAGUAAUAUCCACUUCAUGGUCCAUCAUGUUCUUGACGGUGCCAUAUUUGCUUUUGAGAAGAAUGAGAGCCCGCCGUGAGCAGCUCGUUGAACAAGUUCGUUAUGAGCCGCCACCACGUCAGUACAGAGUAAGCAGUAAUAAUGUGAACAGAAGAAGAAGGCGACGGCGGAGGAGAAUAUUCCCUGUAAGAAUUAGCCUGUCUGAAAUCGACGAGCAUGACAUUAAAGAACGCUACCGCCUCAAUUCGGAUGCCAUUAUGUCUUUAUACGAACUCAUCAAGAAAGACUUGAUCUCCACCACGAAGAGAAGCAAUGCUGUUCCUGGGAUUGUGAAGUUGCUCUGCGCUCUUCAUUAUUUCACCAGCGGCUCCUUACAGAGCACUGUGGCUGAGGCUGGUGGCAUAACCCAAAGCACCUUCAGCCGCGCUCUUUCCGAGGUCAUAUCCGCUAUUCUGAAGCUCUCUGACCAGUUCAUAAGGUUCCCCAGCGAUAAGACCGACUUACAGCUCAUAAAGCAAGGCUUCCAGGGCAUCAGCGGGUUUCCAGAUGUCUUGGGUGCGGUGGGUUGUACACAUAUAGCCAUAUCACCACCAUCUGAGAUGGAGCAGAUGUAUCGGAACAAGAAGCACUAUCACUCCAUCAAUGUGCAGAUUGUAUCCGACUCGGACAUGAGGAUCUUGGACGUAGUUUCGACGUUUCCUGGAUCGACGCAUGACUCCUCAGUCCUGAAACAGUCUGAAAUUCAUGAAAGAUUUGAGAAAGGAGAAUUUAGCGGGUGGUUAUUGGGAGAUGCAGGAUAUAGCGUUAAGCCAUGGCUUCUCACACCCUUUGAGAGCCCGGCUACGGAGUCAGAGGAUCGUUAUAACUUAUCACACGACACAACGUAUUCUGCGGUGGAGCGCACUAUUGAGCUUCUGAAAAGCCGCUUCCGCUGUCUGGACAAUCCCAAUGGGGUUCUCCUAUAUAACCCCGAGAAAGUCAGCAAAAUCAUUCUUGUGUGCUGCAUCAUACACAAUAUCGCUGUGGUCAGAAAUAUUGAGGUGGACCUUGCUCAGGAUCUCAGGCCUCCAAUCAAAGAUGAGUCGACGGAGGAUGACACAAUGGAGGGCACUGCGCAGAGGGAUACAGUGGUGGCAGAAUACUUCUCUGGUUAAACAGAUGGCAAUGCUGUACAGAUCGUCACCUGCACCAUGCAUGGUCUCCACCUAUAGCCUGUCUUUUCUUUUGUACUAUUUGUCACAUUUAGCUUUAUUACUUAUACAUGUUAAUAAAUGGUUUUUUUUCUAGAAUCCGUGUUCUGUCUCAUUGCAAAAUAGAUGUAUUCACAGAGCUAUAUUUCUCCUGCAAAGGAGCAUUCAUGUGGCAUGUGUGUGAUGAUCCAUGUUCCUGCUCGUCCCCGCAUCCCCCAGUAGUAGCUAUUAUUGAGGACAAAAUACACAGUUAUUAGGAUGGGCACAU